AUGAAGGAGCGGGCGAAGAGGCAGCGGCAACAGCACGAGAAGAACAGGCAGCCGAGGGAGCGCAGCGAGCGGCAGUAUGAGAGCGGGGCGGCCAAGCGCAAGAAGGCGGGCACCGAGGCCAAGAAGGCUGAUGCCAACCGCCGCCGCCAAGUCGUCAGUCAGCACCGCCGCCAAGCCAAGGAGAAGGCGCGCCCGCCACUUGGCGAGAGCUUUGCCUCCAUCCGCCAGCGCGAGGAGCAGCGGCUGCUCGGCGAGCGCUUCCUGUUCGUGCCCCAGCGCGUGCGUGUAUCUGAGGGAGAACUUGCUGGGCAGUGCGGCACCAUGCUGGAGCGCGGCCAGCUGUGCUUCCCCGACCCGGUGCCAAACGACCCGCGGCACAUCAUGAGCCUGGAGCUUGACGCCUCGGGCCGCGUGGCAAUCACGGAGCCAAAGCACCACCACCAAGUGCUGCUCGACGGGAGCGAGGAUGAGAAGCCGGUGCUGCUCUCGCCGUACGCGGUGGAGCCGUGGCCGAGCGUCGGGCAGCUCGUGGACAUGCACCACGGCAGCAACUUGGAGGACGAGCCUGAUCGAGCCAUGAACCACUUAGGCACUGUCGUCGCCUUUCAUCCAUGGCAGCAUUGGGGACUCGAGGGCGAGAGCUUUUACCUCGUCAAGCGGCAGACAUAUGCGCUGCCGGAGCAUGUCGAGGCGAUGGCGGGAGGCGACGUGCGCGUGGGCUCGUGGGUGCGGCUGCUGCCUCCGCACCCGGAUGCGCGUUACGAGCUCGGCCGGGAGGCAAUCGCCCCCAACGCAUACGGGCAGGAGCAAACAGCCUCACUGGUCGCCACCGCAGCAGCAAUGCCAGUCGUGCCAUCAGCUAAUCCACCGCCGCCCAUUGCCUUCCUCGCUGCCCGCGUCGCCGCGGGCCCAGGAGCAACCGUCAAAGCGGUCGGCAACUCGCUCUCAGACGUACCGUUUCGCCCGGCCAGCCUCGAUGCCAGACUCGACGCCCUCGAGCGGAUGGUUCAGGCUCGCAUGGCGCAGGAGAGCCGAAAGCAGGCAGAGGGCGCGGUAGCCCAGACGCCGCAACGGCUGGCGCUGCAACACCGGCAGCCCGCGGCACCGGCAGCACCGGCGCGAGUGCCGACGAUGGCCGUUCAGGCCGUCGUCGACUCGCCUGCCGCACCUAGCCUAGCGAAAUUGCCAGUGCCGGCCGGACGAGAUGUCGAGCCGGCGGCGCUGCUCGGCGAUCACACCAGCGCGGGCGCCGCGUCGUCCCGGGCCGUGCGGGAGCCGCAGAAGUACGAGCCGCCCGACUUCAAGGAGCAGGAGGCGCAGGCGAGGGCCCGGACCAGGCGUCGAAAGCUCGCCAAGGCGGCUGAGGCGGAGGCGGAGGCGGAGGCGGAGGCGGCCGAGAAGCGGAGGCGCGUCUGUUUGGAGGCCUCAACGCCGCGACCGCUUCCCUUCCUCUUGCCGCCGAAAGAGAGGCCGGAGCCGGUGCUGCUGCUGACGGGGCCCGCUUGCGGCAGCAGCGAGCCGGCCCCGCAGAGGAGGCAGGCGCGGAGGGUCGACGAGGAGAACCGGCUUGGCGGCCUGCUUCCCGGAGCCACGGUCGAGGCCUGCUCCGAGUUUACCGGCAUCGGCGGCUUCGAGCACGGGCUCGAGGCGGGCUUCGAAGAGGCUGGCCUCUGGCUGAGGCUCGUCGAGGCGUCGGAGCUCGACGACACCAGCAGCGGGCUGCACGCGACCGCCGUGCUGCGAAAGCGCUUCCCCGACUGCGUCGUGCUGGGCCCCGAGUCGCGCAAGCAGCAGCGGUACAGAGCUACGGCGGCCAUGCUCACCGUCACUCCAAUUUGCACGCAGCACUCGGGCUUGAACGCGGACGGCAUCCCCGAUUUGACCGACGAGACGCUGCGAGGAGUCUUUGCCCGCAUUGGCUCCGCCCCCAACUUGGAGGUCAUCGCCUUCGAGAACGUGCCCAACUUUCUGAGCCUGCUGGAAGGGCAGGAGCGGAGCUCCUACUCCCUGUGGGUGGCCGAGCUCGAGGCGCUCGGAUUCACCGAGCACGCCUUUGUCGUCAUGCCCACCGCCGCCGCCGGGGACUUGCACCGCCGCUCGCGCAUCCUCUCGGUGCAUACUCGAGGCGCCUUCCACCCGGCGGCGGCGCUGCUGCGGCUAGUCAGCGACGAGCCUGCUAAUCCCGAGACGGAGGCGCGCGGCGCGGCCUGCUCGAUCGCGGAGGAGACGGAGGCGCGCGGCGCGGCUUGCACGGGCGCGGGGAAGAAGCGCCGCAGAGAGUGCGCCGCUGCGUCUGCGCACCCAGUCUUUAGCUUCACGACGGGCGUUGGAGAGCUCCGCUACGCCGCUCGCAACCGGGGCAUCGACGCAGUCUUUGGCGGCCUGCCAGCCUACAACCGCGGCCUCAACGUCGCCCUCUUCUACGAAGAUACCUUCUACGCGCUGUCUCCUUGGCUCGCCGCUCGCGCCAGCGGACUGCCCGACGGCUACCAGGACGUGGCCAGCUGCUCGGGAAGGAGAAAGAGCGACCCCGUCGGCGCCGAGACGCGCGCGCACCGCACGAUGGCGGCGGCGGGGCUCGCAAACAUGGUCUCGCCGCUACAGGCCCGCGAGCUCGGUCACUCCAUCGCAUCGGAGUGGCGGGCGCCGCGCGCGUAUGCGCAUCCCAGCCUCCGCCCCCUCACCCACGCGCCGAGCCUCCCGGACAGCUACGCGGGCAACGUGCCGUUUGACUUUCCGCGGCUCGCGUCCCUCGCCCAACCGGCCACGCUCUGCUUCAGCCGGCGAGCCACCGGCCGCUGGCACUUUGUCGAGCGCCGCUGGUGGCCGCGCGCCCUGCCCGCCGCGACGCUUGGCGAGCUCUGCGCCGAGGCGCUGCGGCGCGGUGAGCUCGAGCCUCUCCGCUCCGUCGUAGACUUGCAGCGCGUCGUGGACGACCCGUCGCUUAGCGACCACGCGCGGCGCUGCGCCGCCGACCAGCGCGACCACGCGGUCGGCGUGCGCGAGGCGAGGAAGGAGGAGGCGGACCGGCGGAUUUGCGUGCGUGAGGGGCGGGUGUGGCGGCGGCGCGUGAGCCUUGCCGACCUACUCCGGUGGAUGGGGCGCGCGGGGCUGAGCUCUGACGAGCUGCGGACGAUCCUCGGCGUGUCGGAGGAGGACGCGUGGAUCGAGUGCGAGAGGUGCGGCAAGUGGAGGAGGCUGCCCGGUCACGGCCCCUUCAGGCUGCCCUCAUCGUGGACGUGCGAUCAGAACGAGGAGGACCCGCGACACAGCUCCUGCUCGGCGCCGCAAGAGCUCUCCAACGACGAGAUUGACCGGGCGAUCGAGGCGGCUGCGGAUCGGUUCGAGACGGUGACGGUGACGCUGCGCGGAGCUGCACUUCCAGCCGAGCCACCGCCCAGCUCGUGGGUGGCGUGUGACCGGUGCGGCAAGUGGCGCCGUCUGCCCGCCGCUCUAGACGACGCCGAGGGCGAAAAGUGGUUUUGCGAGUACAACCCCGACCGCCGGCGCAACCACUGCGCCGCCGAGGAGGAGGUUUGGGACAGCGGCAGGGAGGAUGUCAUCGAGAGCACAGACGGCGCGCCGAGCCAGGCCAGCAGCGCGUUCGCGCCGCCCGCCGCCACCGCGCAUGCUCUCGGCAUCCCCCUCCGCGAGGCGAUCCCCGGCGUGGUCUUCAGCACGCAGCUGCUCUCGCCCGAGGAUGAGCUGCAGCACGCCCCGCCCCCGCGUGCGCUGCCCGGGGAGCAGCAGCAGCAGUCGGCACGGCCCUGCUCGACCCAGGCGGGUGCGCUGCCACAGACUUCCCGCGGGGGGGAGGGGAGGGGGGAGGGGCAGGAGGGGCCGCAGCAGCUCCGCCCUGCUCUGGAGGCCGAGAAGCAGGUGCACGUCGACGACGCGCUCGCCGCCCUCGGCGUCACAAAGGUGGUCCGGCACUGGGUGUACAGCGGCGCCAAGCCGGGCUCGCUCCACAACGUGUACGUCAGCCUCGCCUUCUCGGACGGGCGCACCACGCGCUCGGCCUUUGUGCCGUCGCAGCCGCUCCUCGGGUCGAGAGUGCUCCUGGCGUACCUCGACUCCAAGGACGGCGGCCGGAUCCGCCGCUACGUUCCGGAAGCCUGGUCGGGCUUUCAUGCCGGCUUGUACUCGCGCCGCUCGCUCCUCUCGAUGGCCAGCGCCUCCCUAAUCCACCGCGGCGAGCGCUGCACGGAGCUGCGGCUGCCGGGAGGCGAGCGGCUGCUGAUCGACUACGGUGCCGAGCCGCUCUCGCUGCUCCACUACCAGCCGCUCUGCGCUGGCAGCGGCGACGCAGAGCGUCCUCCGCCCGCUUCGGAGCAGAACGGCUGGCUGGGCUACCGCGGCCGCGUGUACGCGACGUACGCCGCGCUGCGGCUCGGCACGCUGCGCAUGCUCGAGCUCGCACGCAUGCAAGCCGCCGACGCAUCGUCGCCGUCACACGCCGCGCCGCCGGCCGCGCCCGCCGCCGGCGGCUCUGCGCCCGCCGCCGUGGCCGACUUCCUGCACGGCGCCGCGUGGAGCCUCGAUGCUAACGGCUCCCGCUUCGCACUUCUCGCCGCCGCCGCGCCGCCGCCGCCGCCACUGCCACCGCCGCAAUUGCCGCUGCCGCCGCCGCUGCCGCCGCCGCUGCCGCCGCCCGCCGCCGGCUCUUGUUCCGCCAACGGAACGUACGCCUUCGCCGCGGCCGCUGCUAGCUCUGCCGCUGCCGCCGCCUCUGCCGCCGCUUCCGCCGCCGCCACCGCCUCCGCCGCCGCAACCGCCGCCGCCGCCGGCGUGGCGCUGUGCGCUUGCCGCAGCGUCGAGCUGCUUCCCGACUUGAAGGGGUCGGACGCACUCCUCCUGAGGGAGGUCCGCCACCCCGGCGCCGCGCCGGUCGGGGAGUCGGUCGGCGCAGUCGUCGACGCGGCGGUGCGCGCCGUUGCGGGCGGCAUGUCGGUCCUCCUCCCUUGGUCUCCGGCGGGCGGCUCGUCGCUCGGCCUGGUCGAGGCGAUCGCUGGAGCGCUGUCCGUGCGCUUUCACGCGGCCCGCCCGCCACUCCUCGCCCUCGUCUCUCCGGUGGGCGCCGAUUGCCUCUCCCACGCCUCCUCCCUCGCCGAGUGGGUCGACUGCCGCCGCGCAGAGCGCGCCUUUGAGCCGCAGCUGCCCUUCGCCUUCGACGCGCUGCAGUCGGAAGGGCGGCUCCUCUGCGUCGGCUCGCUCGACGCGCUGCCGUCGCCGCUCCCCCACCCCGCCAUCGUCCUCGCGCCAGACCCGUCCUUGCGCACCGGCCCCGCCGCGGCUCUGCUGCGCGAGUGGCGUCACCCGGCGCGGGGGAGGAGGGCGCUGCUGCUCCUUCUCGGACCUGCGCGGGGGAGGAGGGCGCUGCUGCUGCUCACUGCGCCGCUGCCGGUGCCGACGCUGCGCCCGGAGGAGCACUGCGCGCAGCUGCUCGCCCCCUUCUCGCCGCUCGGCCACGUGCAGCCGCUGCUCCGGCCGCUCGACUUGCGGACCGGCGAGGUGGAGGCGUACUCGAUGCUCGAGGCUAUGGCGCCGCGCAUCGCCGUCCUGCCGCCCGCUCCGCUCCGCUCCCUCGAGCGCGUACGAGCCGCCCCCGUGCGGAGGCUCGCCCCCUCCGCGACGCUCCUCCUGCCGGCGUCGCAGCCCUGCCUGAGCGCGCGCAUCGCGGGGCCCCUCGCUGACGCCACUCGCAUGCGAGACCCGGCCCUCGCUCCCGCGGCGCAGCGCUGUCUCGCGGGAGGCGUCCGCGCCGCGCGCGCCUCGCUGCUGCUGUGCGAGGCCGAGGGGGAGCCGCCGCGGCUGCUCGCAGACAACGACCCGCCCGCCGCCACCCAAGCGGCGGGCGGCGGCGGCAGCGACAGCGGCGACGGCGGCAGAGGCGACGGCGGCAGCGGCGGCGGCGGCGGGCUUGUAGGUCGAAUCGACCUCCCCACGCUGCUAGAGGCGCUCAGCGCACGCGGGCUCGAUCCGGCGGCGCCCGUUCUCGUCGAGUUGGACGGCGGCACGCUGGAGCUGCGGGGGGCGCAGAGCGUCGUGCGCAGCGCUGACUUUGACCUGAUCGUGCUUGUGCAGGAGGCGAUUCGCGAGCAGCUCGUCGAGCUGUGA